UCUACUUCUUAGAAAUGGUAUAUCGAAUCAAUGUCGAUUCUAUGUAGAUUAAAUGAUUUUGACACCAAAUUCGAUGUCGAUUUAAUUGUUUCGAUGUUAAAUCAACAUCAAUUUUGUAAAUUUCUCACUGGGUUAGGGCUUUAGCGCAUUCUAUAUCGUCGAUUCGCCACUGCGUGGAAUUUAGCUAUGCGGAGAUAGCAGUGCGGAGAAAAAGAGACGAAAAGAGAGAGAGAGAGAGAGGAAAAGAGAGAUGGAGGGGACGAAAGAGAGAGAGAGAGAGAGAGAGAGAGAAGGAAGGAAGGAGGGAAAGUGAGCGAAUAAUGUUAGCCGGCCGGCAAGGGAGGAACGACGUUGCGGACUAUCGACCCGGUUUCUGCUUUGGCUUGACGCCUGCGCCUGCCAUCAGAGCAAUCCCUUCUACUGUCCCGUGGGCCGUCUUGCCGGCGACGCGGCGCUCUACGCAACGUCGGUGUGGCGACAGUGGGACUAGCAGAGUAGCAGUGCCUCUCACGAUUCCGUUCUUGCUCUGCCCUUCGUCUCGUGGACGUUGUUCGUACGUGUCCGGGGUGUUACCUAGGUGCCAAUACGCGCCUAUAUCCUGUGUUUGAACUCGAGUGCUGCCUACAAACACUGCCUUGAGGGCUGAGAGAAAAGAGGUGUUGUGACAGUGAGAGGUGGAUGAGAAUUCGUAUAGUGGUGUAUCGGUUGUAAUCGACGCUGAAAUAUCACGUCCUCGGCAGAAUACCUACGAUCCUGAUUUGCUGACGGCACUUCGUCAUCAUCGUUGCGGAGAAACAGCCAGUCUCCGUGCGUCGCUUGCUAACAAAGCGGCUGUGUGUCAUUAUUACUGUCCCACUGCCUCACAUACCGCGACCUCAUGAUUGGUUCAUUUUGGAACCUCUGCCGUGCGUGCCCUUCAAUGCCGAUUGAUAAGCAGCUUCAUUCGGAAUAUAAGAGCACGUACACAUGGCAUGAGUAUACAGGACCACAUCAGGAGCACACAGUUGUGCGACGCGCGCCGCAACCGCCAUCGAUUAAGCAACCAACCGCGAAGCUACAAUCGGCCAAAUCAACAGAGGAUGAGAACAGCGAAGGACCCACCUUGGAACCACCAUUGCCCAGGCGAAAGAAAUGCCCGGAGCUUGCUUAUAAGACGCAUGAAUUUAUUACGGCAGCGGACGGCGGUGGUAUCGACGCCAUCGAUUCGAAUGUUGUAGCUGAUAAAAUUCGGGAGGUUACAGCACCAUCGGCACUGCCACCGAGUCAGCUCAGCAAAGCGAUAUCUCGUAUUAGUACCGAGUAUCGGUUGCAAUUUGCUUGGCCUAGAAGAUCGCAGUUAGCAAAUGACGAAAAUCAAGCGCCAGUUCCAGCUGCAGGAGUUCAUGCAAAUAUUGCGGGUCCUCCGAGAAAAUCGCUCAGCAUGGGUGCACUUAAGCAGGGCAUGGCGCCUACUGGACCUGCGCCAGUACAUAAAAAGCGACCUGGUGACUUCGAUCACAAGCGCGAUGGAAUUCAAGCAUCGGAACUGGAACCGUUAGUAGGUAGCACCGGAAUGGAUAUGAUCGACGGUGUGGUACCAGAGGGCGAUGAGCGCGAGGAGGACUUGUCAGAUUUGAAAGUAGUUUUCAGGGGUAAAAGGUCAGGUAGAACCGUGAAGAUAUCGGACAAUAAAGUGCCGAGUAAAUCAGUGGCAAAACCGUUUCCUACGGCAGAGAUGAUCGAGCUUCGGCGACUCGCUGACGAGUACAAGCAUCGUGACUGGGGUUGCGGUCUGACAGCCGAGGACGAAGCUUCACUGUGGAAACGAGUCUCCAGUAACCAUGCGCUGAACGCUCUAUCCCUUGCCAGGUCGGUCACCAAAGAGGAAAAAGAAAAAGAGAACACAAGGAAGGUAGCUCCAAUCGCCACUAUGCCACCGGCGGGUCGACCAUCCUCAGUACAGGCUAGACCAACCCAUGGCAUAAUACAUGACGAUACCAAGGCAGAUACUGAUCGAGCUAUCGCUCGCGCAAGAAAGGAUUUCCUAAUCCGCCAUCAUCUUGACCGUACAACUGGUGUGGGUGACGGUGCACUACUUCCCUCUCCAACGAGAGAGAAACUGGAGCCUGUCAUACCACGACGGCGUGAUGACAUCAAGGAGCAUCGGGACGAAAUUCAGCCACGAACCAAGUCUAGUCCGAAAAAUAGUCCAAGAACUGGACGCUCGCAGAGCCUCGGACCGACCGUCACCGAUCGCAGAUCGCCUAAACGGAGUCCUCGUGCACCAUCAGUUACUAAAGAUGCUAAGGAGAAAGAGAAAGACAAGGCUAAGGAGCACAAGGAGAAGCACAGUGAGCCCGAAAGACAUCCACGACCGACCUUUCUCGCAACUAUCGCUCCUCCCCAUCGCCCUCUUCAUCACGCCAAAUCCACAACCACUAACACCACCAACAUCACUGUCACUACCGCUAACAGUACUAGCGCAAGUACCGCUCCGGUAAAACGUUCCCCGGUAAAGUAUUCGGUUCAUAUGACCGCCCAUCACCUACCUACGUCGGGCGCUGCCGCUGCGGCCAGGCCGGAGCGCGGCGUUAAAGAUUUAAACCAAAGGUACCGUGGUGCGAAUGACGAGGCUCAGGCAAAACUGGCCCGCAGGCAUCCAGCUGCGGCUGCAGCCGCCGGCGAUGAUCCAUCAUCCAAAUCAUCCCUCGCGCGAUCCGCAUCAAAUCGAGCCGCUACUACCGCCGUUCAAGCUAUGACGGCGGAACCCCAAAUAAACGGGGAUGUCUUGGGCGGAGAUUCCAGCGUCGCUUCGACACCACCAUCGCAAAUAACAAAGGUGAUGACAUCGGCAUCUGUCACUCAAGCAAGUCCCUGGUUCGACGACGAGCCGGUAGUGAAGAGCCCACCGGAGCCAACGAGGGUAAAAUCACCGGAACAGAUGAUCAUGCGCUCACCGGAACCCGUAAACUGGACCGUACCCCUCGACACCGGCAAGACUUUCACCGUUACGCAAAAUGUCCGAGAAGAACCUCUCACACGUCCGCAUAGUGAGGCCAAGUCGUGGGCACCGUCCUCAGUACCAUCGGCGCCGCAAUCAGCACCACCAGAACUCGCGGCUCAACACAAGUCGCAGCAUUCCCAAUACUCAGGCUACAAGUCACCAGAGAGCGAAAGCGUUUCACUCGGUAGUUUUAGCGGCAUAAACGGCCACAAGGACCUGGACUCGGAAAGGAAUAGUCCAUUGCCCACGAAUGCGCAGGACGCAUCCAUAAAGGAUGAAAAGGUUACCGAUGUUGUCGACGACAAAGAACAACAGAGCCCAGAAUCGUCAAUAAAAUCGAUAGUGAAUACGAACUUGAAACGCCUAGAAGACUCGAGAUUUGAGAUGGAAAGAAAAACGGAGGGUAACAUAUCGGUGGCUAUUACAACAGCGCCAGUGAUGAUGACGUCAUCGUUGCCGGUAUCACAGCAGAGUUAUCAUGUUCUCGAGGUUGAGUCGCCACCUCAAAAUAUUGGCGGUGGUAGUGGUAGUAUCAGCGGUUCUGGAGAAACAGGAAGUAACACCGGAAGUACCGCGGGUAGUUACCAUGUCCUGGAGGCGUCACCAGUGAUACCCGGAUCGGUGCAACGUUCUGCAGCGAGCGACGUUUUGGAAAAGGCACGAAAUCGCUUCGACAAAUUCUGGGGAAAAGGCAACAACGGUGCAGAAGAUUAGAAACAAUGUUCUUCGAAACGACAAGAAAAAAAAAGAGGAAGAGGACGCUUUGAUGAAGAAUUACGAACAUUUUUUCUUGAUAAGAUGGCCCUUCCUGAAAGAAAGUUAUUGUCCCACUCCGCUAUGUCCUAUCGUCCUAUUGGACUGUCCAUAUGCUUUCGUAGCUUGUAGCUAUUCAGAAAAAUAUAUGUUAUACGUGAGAGCGAGAAGAAGAAAAAGAAGCGAGAUAAUGUCCUCGAAAAAAUUUUCUCAAAAGUAUCGCGCGCGCAUUGACAAUUUAAGAUCUUCAGUAAUAAAAUCUUUUUUUAUAUCAAAAUAUAUAUCUUUUUUUAUAUCAGAAUAUAUUCUGAUUCUGAAAAUAUUUGAAAUUUACGAAGAUUGAAAGAAUCAUGUAUAUUUGUUACAAAUCGGAGUGUUUAAAAAAAAAACGUCAACAGAAGAAGUUUAGCAAAAAAAAAUGAAAUAAAAAUAAACAACUGAAGGGAUUAAUCAACAUUGUUCCUAAAAGUUAAAAUUACGUUCUACAAUUAGUUUACUUGUUUAUUAAGGACAUGUAACAAACACAGUCAAAAUAAUUAAAAUGACGCUAUUUUAGAUUAAGCAAAAUCAGAUUCUAAAGCUUUCAUGGACAUAUAAAUUCGAAAAGGCACAAAAGUUCGAGUUGAAUUAUUGAUCAUUACCAACGCUUUUUUCUCAAUCUGAUCAUUAUCAAAAGCUUCUUUCUCCUCAAAUGGCAAACUAUAGGACAGCGUGAAUUCGUAAUCGUCGAAUAUUAGUAAGAAAAGGAAUUCUAGACAAGGAUACGUCAGGGUAUUGACGUGAGAAAUUUAUAUGACAACGGUGCGUGCAGGCUACGCGUCGGUCUUGUUUUAAACUUCGAGGAAUAAUUCGAAGAACGUAAUUGUGUAGCACUAGAAGUAUGCGAAUAGUCCGAAUUCGAAUCAAAUAGAAUCGAAUAUCAGUUGAUUCAAUUCAUUUUCGAAUCUGAAAAAUUCGAAUUCGAAUAAUUCGAGAAUUUCGAAACAUCGAUGAUUCGAUUGCGAAUCGAUUGCCUAUUUUGUUUCAUUUAUAAUCUCCUGCACGACCAGUUUUAGUCUUGUAUCAGUAUCAAUUCUUGUGCUUGAUUGUCGAUUUCCAAACGGUUCUGUUUUUAAAUCUUAUAAAUUAUUCAAAAAAUUAGUACACACGAUAGAAAAUCAUCCUUAUAAAUUUGUUUCAACAUUCCAUAUGUUUGUAUCAGUAUUUUCAGUGUUGGGUAGGAAUUAGCUAAAAAGUUCAAUUACAAAACAAUGUUAAAUUAAAAGUUAAUAACUUUUCACUUAACUUACAAUUAUUUCAUUUCAAAUGGUUUAAUUUUUAACUUUAACUAUUUGUUUUUGAGAUAUAAAAACUUGAAUUUAUUAAUUUUUUUCUAAAAUAAAAAUUUAUUUGUGUAAAAUCAAAAAAAAAAGAAAACUACAUUUCUAAAUAAAAAAUAAUAUUUUUUUCUUAUUUCAUAUAAAACUAAUUUACAAAUAAAUAAAUUAUGAACUUUGAUGAUCUAUAUCAUAAUUGUUUGAGUAAUCAAACUUACAAUUGAAUUUCCACUUUAAUAUAAAUAAUGCUUUUCAAUUUAACUUAAAAUAAUUUAAUCUUAACAUAAUUAAAUUAAUUUUAUAAGUCAUUAAUUUUAACUUAAUUUAGUUAAAAAAAUAUAUUAACUUAUCCAACCCUAAUUAUUUUAUAGAAUUUAAAACAAAAUUUGAAAUUUUAUGGUGUUUUCCUAAUUAAGUGCACUAGUACUUUCACCUAACACAGACACACACACACACACACACACACACGCGCGCGCGCGCGUUUUGAUGUUAACAUUAUAAUUUGUAAGAUAUGUAAUCAAUAUUCAUUUAUCAGUAUAAUAUUCUCACAGUUAUUACCUAAUAUCUAUUAUAAAUUUUUAUUUAGCAUAUCAUUUUUUGUAACUGUUUUCUAAAAUGCUUGCGAUUAAUUUUUUCGUUUAUUAAAAAGAAUCUGCAACGUAAUUAAAAAUACUUUAUUAACUUUAUGUUUAAAUUACCAUGUAAUGUAAAUCUAGAAAAAUUUGAUUUGAAUUUGAUUCAUAUUUAAAUCAAAAAGAUUGAAUUUGAUUCAAUCAGGGCCGAAUUAACUCCUAAGCUUAAUUUAAGCUAUUGUCUAAGGGCGGCAAAUUUAGAAGAACGGCAUUUUGUAAAACAACUUUUUUUUAACUUAUCUUGUAGUGGCUGACGCAAUCAACUAAAAUUUUUUAAAUAAAAUAAAAUUUAUAUUAACAUUGGGUCAAACCUGACAUUGGUAACAUGUUACACUAUAUUAUUAAAAUAUUUUAAUAAAACUAAACAAAUUGAAAACUUAAAUUACAUAGUUUUAUUUAUACGGUCUACAUGUUUUAACGUUUUAACAUUUAUAAUUAUAAUAAAUUCUUGCAAUC